UUGACCAAUUGUUAUAACCCAAUUGCGGGAUAUUGACGUGGCAUGUGCAACGAAAUAUUCUCCACGUCCGCCAUUUUACAUUGUUUUGACAGGUCUUAGAUACGAAAUCAAGCAUAUAUUGUCACUAAAACUCUUUCAUUGCAACAGUUUGGGCAGACAGGUACAUUAAACAGAUAACACAGCAUUGGAAAUCUACAUAGAAGCUUUAAUAUAAAUAAUUCAACAUGGGGUCAGUUUUUGGAAAACUUUUCUCUUCAUUAUUUGGUAAAAAGGAAAUGAGAAUAUUAAUGGUAGGAUUGGAUGCUGCUGGUAAAACUACUAUCCUUUACAAGUUGAAGUUAGGAGAAAUUGUAACAACUAUACCAACUAUAGGUUUUAAUGUAGAAACGGUAGAAUAUAAGAAUAUAAGUUUUACGGUGUGGGAUGUAGGUGGGCAGGACAAAAUCAGACCUUUAUGGAGACAUUAUUUCCAAAAUACACAAGGUUUGAUAUUUGUAGUAGAUAGUAAUGACAGAGAAAGAAUUAAUGAAGCUAGAGAAGAAUUACACAGAAUGUUACAAGAAGAUGAACUUAGGGAUGCUGUUUUAUUAGUGUUCUGUAACAAACAGGAUUUACCUAAUGCAAUGAAUGCUGCCGAAGUGACUGAUAAACUAGGUCUCCAUAGUCUGCGUCAACGUGGAUGGUAUAUCCAGGCUACCUGUGCUACAAGUGGUGAUGGACUAUAUGAAGGACUUGAUUGGUUAUCAAAUACACUCAAAAAAAAUAUGUAAAAUGAACAGUCGGGAAUAAUAUAAUUUAUUAUCAGUUUUUGUUGAGGAUAAAAUAAUAAGUAUGUUUCAAGGUGUUUUUAUGGACAGAAUUGUUUUGAUGAAGGGUCACUAAGAAUCUUGUUUUUAUCACUUAUCAAUAUUCUUCUAGAACCAACUGAAAUAUUUUUCAGCCUCAAAGAUUUAACAUUCCAAGGAAUAUUGGUGUUGGCCCUAACUUUUCACAGUGUUCUUUAUUGUACUGAUAUAAGUUCUUCAUGAUGCCCUUUCACUUACUAUUAAAAUGUUGUUUGCUACUUUGAUUUGGUUACAUCAAAUAUUAUAUAUUUCUCACACAGCAAAUAUGUACAAGAACAGAAUAAAAUAAAGGGCACUAAGAUAAAGGAAAUCCAAUGAUUUGUUAUACUAGUGGAUAUAAUUCUUGACAAUUGUUGGAUGUGUGCAAUUUUUCCUCAUGUACAUUAUCAUUCAGCAAAAAACAAAACAUAUGUUUAUUUUAUCUUAAGAUAGUCAAAUGAUAGUAUUUGUGAACAAAAUCUUUCAUGUUCUGGACCUGAAGUGUUUAACAUGUACAUACUGUAUUGUGACAUUAUUCACUAAGUUUUGAAAUUGAUUUAUAUUGUAUUAUUCAUUUAUUUAUCAUUUUGUUUUUGUUUUCAUUUUACAAGUGGAUGAAUGAUGUAUGUUAAUACACUACUGUAUUAAAGUGAAACUAUUUAUCCCUUAUAUUUCAUAUAAUUUGCUUAAUCCAUUUGGGAAUAUUUUCUUUCAACUUUUUAAUUAGAUAAAUUGUCAAAAUAUUUUUUGUAAAGGUUAUAUGAAUUAAGAACAUAGCAUGCAUUUAAUUUCUAAUUUGAUGUUAAACUUUGAACUCUAUAGUUAACAUUUUUACAAUGGGUGGAUUGAAUAUACUGCCAUUGUUCCCAUUAAUUGUUUUAUAACUGUAAAUGGAAAUACAAUUUGAUUGAUAGCCUCACUUCCAGCAAGUACAUGUCUAGUUGAAAAUAUACACUGAAGAAUUCAAAUAAUAGACAUCAAUAUCAGACCGGAUACAAUUGUAUUUAAAAAUUGAAUUGUCAUUUUGAGUAUGUUCUAAUAAAAGAUGUCUUCUAAUUUAGCCUACAUUAAUCUACAAUGUUAAUAACACUGCUUGUCAUGAAGCUGUAAUGAUGAGAUUUUCUGAUGGGAGUUUUGUAUAUUUAUCUAGUGAAUGUUAUGUAGAAUUAGUGGUGUUUCCACCACAGUCAUCAAUGGUGGAUAUUUCACUGAUCAGAGAUGUAAUAUCCAUGAAACUUCUACUAAUAUCACGGUAGAAAUCUCAUAGAUAUGUUAACUGUUUAUGUAUUUUGUAGAAAAUAAACAUGGAUACCAA